AUUGUUCAAUACGAAAUAAAAUUAUAUUGCAUGCCUUAGCAGUCGAGUUGUUUUGUGAACUUGAACAACAGACAUCCAAACAGAACAGAAUCUGUAAAUAAAUUCGAACAUUUGUUUGCUCCCAUAGAAGUUAUGUAUGGCGAUUUCGUCAUUGUACACCUGAGAAACAUACUAAACGUACAUAAAUAUAUAUGAACGAGUGCGAGUGUAUAAUAUAAGUUUAUGUAGUUCAGCAAAGAAAUAAGUGUACAAGUCAAACGUUUUAUAAACAGAGGGGCAUGUUUUAUUAUUGGCAAUUGUGUAAUCAUUGAUUUUUCAAGUGUGCAAAUAUUGUUUGGGAAAUGCAGCGAAUAAAUAGAGAAAUGCCAUUAUAAAAUAGUAAUAACUUUGGUUAGCUCUACUGACGUAGAAUGUGUUUUUUUGCUAAGUUUUUUCGAUAAAUAUUGAAGAAUUGACAAAUACGCACUGCGUUUGCGAUUCGAUUCUAAAAAUUUCUCCUUCGCUUUGAUUUUUAUUUGCCAACGCUACUACCAACGCGAGUGACCGACCGACCGGCACACUGAGAUUUGCUUUUGCUUGUGACCUUUAACACAUUAUGAAAAACAGACAUGGGUGGAUUCCUGGAUAAACCAAAAACACUCAAACACAAUGAUCAAGGUGAGGGAAACAAGUUGCUGUAUGGCGUCAGCUCGAUGCAAGGCUGGCGGUGCGAAAUGGAAGAUGCGUAUUACGCGCGUGCCGGUCUUGGUAAUGGCUUAGAAGACUGGAGCUUUUUUGCUGUUUUUGACGGACACGCUGGUUGUAAAGUGUCAGAGCAUUGUGCCACACAUCUGCUUGAUAUUAUUGUGAAUACUGAUGAGUUUAAGAACGGUGACCAUGUCAAAGGCAUACGAACGGGUUUCUUACGCAUCGAUGAAGUUAUGAGAGAACUGCCUGAACUAAUGCAGGAUGCUGAAAAGGUUGGCGGUACUACAGCCGUUUGCGCACUCAUAUCAUCUACGCAAGUUUACAUAGCUAAUUGUGGUGAUUCGCGUGCGGUUUUAUGUCGCCAAGGUGUGCCUGUCUUUGCAACACAAGAUCACAAACCUAUACUACCUGAAGAGAAGGAACGUAUUCAUAACGCUGGUGGAAGUGUAAUGAUUAAACGUGUCAACGGCACAUUAGCUGUAUCACGUGCACUGGGUGAUUACGACUUCAAGAAUGUCAAAGAAAAAGGACAGUGCGAACAACUGGUAUCACCUGAACCGGAAAUAUUUUGCCAAAGUCGCCAGGAUACUGAUGAAUUUCUAAUAUUGGCUUGUGAUGGUAUUUGGGAUGUCAUGAGUAAUGAGGACGUUUGUAGUUUUAUACACUCGAGGCUGAAAAUCACCAACGAUUUGGUAAACAUAGCAAAUCAGGUUAUUGAUACAUGUUUGCACAAGGGUAGUCGUGAUAAUAUGAGCAUAAUAAUAAUUGCUUUUCCUGGCGCACCUAAACCUACUGAAGAAGCGAUAGAAGCUGACAAGCGAUUGGAAAAACAAUUAGAGGAAAUCACUAGAGAGGACAUCGCACAGAAUAAUAUCACGGAUUUCAGUGAAUUGUUGAAUCACUUACAGAACAGAGAAAUCGAAGGUCUUCCUCCUGGUGGUGGUAUAUCUUCAAAACACGCAGUCAUUGAGCGGACAUUUAAGGAACUAUAUCCGGAGAAACAGUGUGAAGUACAUAAUUAUUUUAUUGAAAUAUAAGCAACAUGAUUUAAUGCUUUCUAUUACAAUUAUUUAAAUAAUCUGCAAACAUUUUUUUAUUUUAAAUAAUUCAUGCCAUUAUUGUUUCGUUAAUUCAUUUUGCGCUUUCUUAUAACAACUUAAGCAACAUUAAAUUAUUAUAUACAUUUAAUAUGUUUUAUUAUUUGCUAAACCAUUAAUAGAAUAACAUUAUAAUUUCAAAUAUAUUUUAA